GACGGGCACAUACUGCGCGGCAUGCACCUCUUCUGGCUCUGUUCGGUCGUGCUAUGGAUAUCUCACACUUGGGCAACGCAAGCAUCGGAAGUGGGAGUCGUGGACUGGCAUAAACCUCUCGUGGGCAUACCGUUAUUUGGUGCACACUCUACUGCGCCGAGGUUUCAGAGAGUCGGAGAACUUGGGGCCAAAUCGCGCACCCUGCUCUUUACCGCGACUUCUGGAAACAUACUUGCAGCAUUGGACCCAGCGGAUGGUGUAAUAGCGUGGAGAUACGUAUUCGAGGACAACGAGCAUGUCGUAGGCUACAAACUACACGGAGACGUUCUUGCCACCGUGUCCGGUGCAGGCGGGGCUACACUCCGCCUACUGGACGCUGCCACUGGCGACCUAUUGGCUGAGAAACACUUACACAAGCCCGACUUCGGUCGCCUCUUCGAUCCUGAGACCCUGGGAACAUCGAUAACCUUCGACGCUGAGGGAGAUGUGUACGUCCUCUCGAAUGCACAUAUAGCACGUCGCGUCGAUGGGAAGACAGGAGAAGUGAAGUGGGGAUGGUCUGCUCCAGAUCAAUCGUCUCUGGUAGCAUAUUCUAAAAUUAUCACAACCCCUUCGACUGUCUACCUCAUUGGUCUCGCUAAGUCCUUCGCGUCCUACACCAUUCAUGUCACCGCCUUGUCCACGGCAACCGGCGAGCUGCUCACCACAGGGCACAUUCCGUCAAGCAUUUCUGACGGGCUUACGGAUUUCUUCGAACUACGCGAUGUCAAGGAUGCCCAGGUGCCCCUGCGAAUAGUCUGGAUCGAAGGUGGCUCAGUCCGGUAUUUCGGUUUGACCCCGGAACUCAAAGAAAAGCCGAUGGGACUGAAGGGAGCAGUAUACAAGAACAUCCUGGAUGUCGGCUUGUCGGAGUACGGCCAAUUUGUCGCUUUGAAGGAGGACGGCACUGCGCUCGUACUUCGAUCUGUACCAGAAGGCUUCCGGCAGAUCUGGGAGUUUGCCGAAUCUGCCAAUUCGCCCAAGUACACCGUUUCGAAGUAUGUCGGCGGCCUUGACAUGGACGGCCGGCCGUACAUAGCGCGUGUAUACUGGUCCCAUGUAUACAAGAAAGCCGUUGCACACGUAUUCGCCGGUCACUUAGCGGAUGGAAAGGGGCUGGUCUCAGGGUACACGUUCCCCUUCGAGACCAACGUUCACGGUGUGAUCUCCCACGUGGCUGUAGAAACCGCCAAUCCCGAUGGUAACACGAUCGUCGCGCGCCUUGCCGUGACGACAAGCACUGGCGCAAUACAGUUGUGGCAACACGACAAGCUCCAGUGGUCGCGAGAAGAGGGGCUGGCCGACAUCAAGGUCGCCGAGCUCGUCGAAUUGCCGGAGCGAAAGAUUAUCACGUCCCAUGUGGGAGAUGAGGAAGAGUCGUUUGGCGACCGUCUCGUCCGACAACUGUCCGACGCGCAGAACUUCCCCCAAUACGCGACGAACUUUGCCCGGCGCUUCGUGACAGGCUCGUACGCAUCCGUGUCGUCGUCCGCCGCGCCCAGUACGAACGCGUCUGAGCCGCUCGCACGCGACACGUUCGGGUUCCGCAAGGUGAUUGUCGCGGCGACGACGCAUGGGAAGCUGUACGGCAUCGACUCUGCGGAUGGUGCGGUGCUCUGGAGCCGUGUGUUCGGGCUUGGCUGGGCGGCCGAGAUCGGGGGGCAAAUCAUACCUGUGAAGAUGUUCGUUACGCGGACGGUGGGCGACGGAGAUGCGCCGCAGGUCGUGUUGGUCACUCAGAGGAAGGCGAGCAAUGGUCUUGUGGACACGGUCCUCUUCCAUGUGGACGCACUGACGGGCGAGGAUGCAAGAGGCGUGUCAGAGUCCGGUGAUUUAUUGCAAGGAUUCGAUAUCAUCGCCGGGCCCAUCAUCGAGGCGUACUUGCUCCGCAGCGGUUCGCAAAAACUCGUCGUCCUGCUAGAUGAGUUUGUGCAGGUGCAUAUCUACCCUGAAACAGAAGAAACCAAGGAAGCCUUCCGUCAGCUCUCCCCGUCCAUCCAUAUCCCCCUUCGUACCGGUGCUCCCGGCCAGCGUCGACUCACCGGACACAGGAUCUCAUCCGAGGUCGACUUCACCGGCAAGCAUGUAGCCGAUAUCACUUGGUCGCUUGGCUUCGCUCCCGGCGAAGACAUUCUGUCCAUAACCCCGCAUCCAGCGCACGAGCCUGUCGCCUCGCUCGGCAAGGUACUUGGCAACCGGACAACAUUGUACAAGUACCUCAACCCCAAUCUGAUGGCCGUCGUCACCGGCUCGCCUACUGCCGUUGCGUCGAAAUGCUCGCUAUACCUUGUGGACGGUGCGAAGGGCACAAUUCUGUACCAUGUCGCGCUGCCCGUUACGGAGGGCGCGUGCGAUGUGAAGGUGUCCUUGACGGAGAACUGGCUUGUGUAUCAGUACUAUGAUGGUGAUGCAUCGGGCGUGCAGUCGACGAAGAGCCACCGUGUAGUGUCCGUCGAACUAUACGAGGGCUCUGGUAUCGACCAGAAGACGAGGAGUUCCGACUUGAGUUCGUUCUCGAACGAGACUGCGGCCUUGACAGUGUUCGAGCAAGCGUUCAUUAUGCCCCGAGGAAUUAACAUCAUGACCACGACGUCGACGUCUUACGGAAUCACGAUCAAGGACAUAGUCGUCGCCAACGAGAAUCACCAGAUCCAGUCCUUCCCGAGGCGGAUCUUGGACCCCCGACGACCGAUGCGAAAGCCCACAAGCGAAGAGAUGGAGGAGUGGCUUAUCCAAUAUGAUUCCGUCGUAUACGAUGACCCGAAGCGCGUGCUUUCGCACAGCUACCAGGUGGUUGGCACGAAGCACGUCGUCACCUCACCCGCGCUGCUCGAGUCCACCUCUCUUAUCUUCGCAUACGGCCACGACUUGUUCUUCACGCGGAUUGCGCCGUCAAAUACGUUUGACGUGCUGAGCGAGAGCUUCAACAAGGUUCAACUCGUCUUGACCAUCGCCGGGCUGGCCCUCGCCAUCGUCAUCACGAAACCCAUGGUGAGGAGGAAGCGACUGCGCGAGCGGUGGUAUGACUAGACUGCGUGUAUCAGAAUGUAUUACUGUACUCACCCGACAUCGAAAAAUAGUAUCGCGUCUUGUCAGUGCUGCACCGGCGUAGUUGUCUCAAUAUUUGGUUCAUAACGAUCAUGCUUUGACUCUUUCUCGCAAUCGCGGA